AUGUUUUUUAAACUCGACCAUCGUUAUAAUAAAAAGAAAGCAGAUAUAAUACCAAUUGAUUGUGUAGAACAAACACGAACAACAAUUUCGAUAAAGAUCCAAUCAUCAACAACAGAAAUAAAUGCUACUGAUAAUGACAAAAAACGACAAGCACCAUCUUUUCAUUGUCAAAUAAAUAAUAUUCCUAAUCAAAGACAAAAACUACAAGAACAAAACUAUUAUGAACAAAUAGAAAUAACAUUAGAAGACCAAUUGAAACAAGAUAACUCUAGUGAAGAAUUAGACGAUGAAUUCGAACGAAUUUAUAUGGAUGAAUUAGAACGAUCCAAAAAACAAAAUGAUAUUCAAUAUAAAGAAUUUGAAAAAUCAAAAUCUUGCUAA